CUUCUCCCACGUCUCCUUCCCCCCAUGCCCAUCGGCCCAUCCGGUUCGCUCUCUCUGUCUUCCUACGCUUUAAAUCCCCUCAACCUCCCUCCUCCGGUUCUUCUACAAUGUCCAGACAACCUAACCUCGGUUGCCCUCCCCUAAUUCGCUUCAAUUCCCCUAGUUUCACCUUCGUGCAGCCGAUCGACCUUGGCAUUCCCACACUUGGACACGAGGGUGGAUCGUUCAUCGCAGCCAAAUCUCCGAUGGCAGGAGCCUCUCUGCUUAGACUUUGCCUAUAAGUUUCUCCUUCUGCGCGUCAAUCCGAGUGCUUCCCCUUCUCAUCUGCUCGUCCAAUUCUAUCGGAUAAGGUCCCCGUCCCGGUUCUCUGCUCUUUUCGUGAGAAGGCCCACGGGCGCAUCAAGAUGCAGCUCAAGUCUCUGGUGAACUUGUUGUUUCUGGGAUUGGCCCUCCCUACUGCUGUCGUGGGAGCCCCCAGUCGACAGGCUCGUGUCGCCUCAGCCCUUCACCGUAAUGGGGUCCGUGAUUUUGCCCAGCCACCAAGCAGCAAUACUUCAGGUGUUUACCCAACUCGGUUUGCGGGUGUCACCUGGGACGACGACAAUUGGAGUCUUACGACUACUACCGUCGACCAGGGUCACUUCCAAUCUCGGGGCUCCAUAGCCAAUGGUUACAUCGGCAUCAAUGUGGCCAAUGUUGGCCCUUUCUUUGAGAUGGACUCGGAGGAAAAUGGGGACGUGAUCAGCGGAUGGCCACUCUAUUCCCGUCGCCAGUCUUUUGCCACCGUUUCCGGCUUCUGGGACCGUCAGCCUUUAACCAAUAAAUCCAACUUUCCCUGGUUGUCUCAAUAUGGCAGCGAUAGUGUUAUCAGCGGCGUUCCGCACUGGAGUGGCUUGAUCCUCGACUUGGGCGACGAUACCUACCUUGAUGCAGGUGUCGAUAAUCGCACUAUCACUAAUUUCAAGUCAACAUUUGAUUACAAGGCUGGUGUAUUGUCUUGGUCAUAUACCUGGACGCCCACCGGCAACAAGGGCUCUUAUGCUAUCACUUACCGGCUAUUUGCGCAUAAACUCAACGUCAAUCAAGCCAUGGUAGACAUGGAAAUUGUACCUUCAACCGAUGGCAAUGCAACGGUUGUCAAUGUCUUAGAUGGCUAUUCGGCUGUCCGCACUGACUUCGUUGAGUCGGGGGAGGAUGAAGGGGCUAUUUUCUCUGCCGUGCGGCCAUGGGGCGUAAGCAAUGUGACUGCAUACAUUUACGCCGCUCUGGAUGCUUCGGACAACGUGGACUUGUCUUCUCGAAAGCUCGUCACUAAUAAGCCCUACGUGCACACGAAUGACUCGUCCAUUGCUCAGGCAGUCAAUGUUCGUUUCACUGCCAAUGAGCCGGUUCGUGUCACCAAGUUCGUUGGCGCAGCUAGCACCGACUAUUUCCUUGCGACCCGCGAAACUGCCAGGCUAGCUGCUCAAACUGGACUGGCUCUAGGUUAUUCCCUUUCGCUACAAUCGCAUGUCACAGAAUGGGCUGAGAUCUUACACGAGGGCUCUGUCGACCGGUACAAUGACCCUGUCACUGGCAAGCUUCCCGCGGAUCGCCAUAUCAUUGAUUUGGCCAUCAUCGCUGUUACCAACACGUAUUAUCUGCUGCAGAACACCGCAGGUCCCAAUACCCUUGCAACCACGGGUGGAAUGCCUGUCAACAUAGACAGUUGCGCUGUCGGUGGUCUAACCUCGGACUCCUACGCUGGGCAGAUCUUCUGGGACGCGGAUUUGUGGAUGCAACCCGGCCUGGUGACGUCGCAUCCCCAGUCAGCACAACGCUACACCAACUAUCGCAUUGCGUUACACUAUCAGGCUGAGGCCAACGUCAAGACUGCGUUUGCAGGCUCGCAGAACCAGACCUCUUUCAGUUCAUCCGCUGCCAUCUACCCGUGGACUAGCGGUCGAUUUGGAAACUGCACUGCUACCGGACCGUGUUGGGAUUACCAAUACCAUCUGAAUGGCGACAUCGGCAUGGCAAUGAUCAACCAAUGGGUGACGAGCGGUGAUACCGCAUGGUUCCGUGAUUAUCUCUUCCCCAUCUAUGAUUCGUUUGCUACGCUUUACGGAGACCUUGUUCAGCGAAAUGGGUCAUCGUUCACACUGACCAAUAUGACCGAUCCAGACGAGUAUGCCAACUCAAUCGAUGCCGGCGGCUAUACUAUGCCCCUGAUUGCUGAGACCCUUAAGAAUGCCAACCAGUUCCGCAAGCAAUUUGGGCUGGAGGCCAACGAAACUUGGGAUGAAAUUGCGGAGAAUGUCCUGAUUCUGCGCGAGAAUGGCGUCACCCUGGAGUACACCUCCAUGAAUGGCUCGGCAGUGGUAAAGCAGGCGGAUAUCGUACUCAAUACUUUUCCAUUAGCCUACGAGUCUGGCAACUAUACGACCGAGAAUUCGCUGACGGACCUCGACUACUAUGCGAACAAACAAUCCGCCGAUGGCCCAGCCAUGACCUAUGCUAUCUUUUCUAUCGCUGCCAGCGAUGUUUCUCCGUCUGGAUGCUCCGCCUACACCUAUCAACAAUACUCUUAUGCGCCGUACACACGCGGUCCGUGGUAUCAACUUUCCGAGCAGAUGAUCGAUGAUGCCAGUAUCAACGGUGGCACCCAUCCAGCAUUUCCCUUCUUGACUGGACACGGUGGUGCCAAUCAGGUCGUGCUUUAUGGAUAUUUGAGACUACGCCUCUUACCAGACGAUAUCCUGCACGUGGAUCCCAACCCUCCACCGCAGAUUCCGCACAUCACUUAUCGGACUUUUUACUGGCGUGGCUGGCCCAUCUCUGCUUGGUCUAAUUACACCCAUACCACUCUACAACGCUCCUCGUCCGUUGCACCUCUGGCUUCAGCUGAUGCUCGCUUUAACGGCACCAAUAUCAUGGUUCAGGUUGGCCAAUCGACCGAAGACAUCACGGCCAACUACACUCUUCCUCUUCUCGGAUCCCUGACAAUUCCCAAUCGCCAAAUUGGCUCCAUUAACACUACUCCGGGUAACCAGAUCCAAUGUCACCCGGUCUACUCGCCUGAUGCUUAUGAGCCUGGUCAAUUCCCUAUCUCCGCGGUUGACGGUGCCACCUCGACUCGAUGGCAACCAUCUUCUGGAAAUCUGUCCUCACUCACCGUGACCUUGUCGACGGAGAGUACGAAGUCUGCCGAUAGUGUGAAUGGCUUCUACUUUGACUGGUAUCAAUCACCUCCGAAGAAUCUAAGUAUCAUUUUCCAUGAUGCACCCAUCACACGGCCUGCACUGCUUUUCACCGCUUCUGGAAACUCGACCUCGGCUUAUCGCCUUAUCACUCAGCUCUCUGAUGUUGCCCAGUCAAGUCCCUACGAUGGUGCCUCUAUUGCCAAAGCCAACACUGUGUCAGUCCCCAGUGGAAACACCACGACUAUCACUCUGGCCGAGCCCGUUCGCACUGCUCGGUUCGCAACUCUGUUGAUAGCAGGCAACCAGGAAAGCGCGAACGCAACAAAGGGUGCAACCGUGGCGGAGUGGGUGAUAUUGAGCGGUAACGCUACUAGCGAGACGAGCACAACGAGUAAGCGUUUGUUGAGCGCACGCGAAAGGGCCACGUUGGCUCGGACCUAGUCACCAGGGUCAUCUCAAUCUGAAGCUGGCAGGCCUGUCUGAUGGUUUGCCUGGCUAACAACGAAAAUAUUCGGGGUAAAAGACGUACAUGAUGCUUUGGUCUCUUUCUUGUUUAAUACCCUUUCAGCAGUUGGGUCUUUUCUUGAUCGCGUCUCUAUAUCCGCGUGUGUUCGUGCGUUUUGCGGCCGGAUGCAGGUGCGAUGUACAUACAAACAUACAUAAUGAUACCGAGAGAGUGAU